AUGCUAGCCACUGCUCCACUCCUCCUUUCGUUUGCCUCCCUAGCCCUGGGCAGGCCCAGCGUACAUUCGAAGCCCAAAGUAGAACAGACCCCAACUUCUUCAAACCAGCGACCUCACCAAAACUUUCAUCUCUCCCCGCCCGGUGAAGGCCGUUCAGUAUCGGGUUUCCCCGCCAUCAUCAGAUUUUCGCUGGGACUUGUCUCGCAAAACGCUGACUCAUUGCAUGCCUCCCUACUGGACGCAAGCGAUCCCGCGAGCACAAAUUAUGGGAAGUAUCUUUCUAAGGCCGAGGUCGAACAGCUUGUCGCCCCUACACCCGAAGGCAUGCAGGCGGUAACAAACUGGUUGAACGAGAACAACGUCACAUCGACGGGCCAGUCGCCGUCAGGGGACAUGCUCCAAAUUCAAGUCCCCUUUGACAAAGCGAACGAGCUCCUCAACGCCAACUUCACCGCAUACGUCCACGAGCCGACCAACACGACCGUCUGGCGGACGCUGUCAUACUCUGUUCCCCCGGACGUGGCCCAACACCUCUCCUUCAUUUAUCCGACCACGCAGUUCAUUCCUCCCGCCACGCACAAGGUGGCUGUCCAAGCGAUAGGCCAAUUCCCUGCUGCGGCGAAGUCCGGUUCCAAGAGGGCCGAUGUGCCAUCGGCGUGUGCCCAGGCCAUUACCCCUGGCUGUCUCCAGGCUAUUUACAAUAUUCCAGCCACCCCCGCUUCCGCCGCAGGCAACAGUCUCGGCGUCAGCGGUUUCGGCAACGAGGUCGCAAACCCAGCCGACUUGCAAAGCUUCCUCUCGCAGGCGCGUCCCGACUUCCCGAACGGGACCUUUGCAGUUCAGACCGUCGACGGCGGCUCCGAUGACGGGCAAGGCACUACUGAGGCUAGCCUCGACAUCCAGUAUACCGUUGGCGUGGCGACGAACGUCCCGACGACAUUCAUCUCUGUUGGAAAAGAUACGAAGGACGGCGACCUCGAAGGCUUCCUUGACAUCAUCAACACCCUCCUCGCUAUGGACAACCCGCCCCUGGUUCUGACGACGAGUUUCGGGUUCGACGAGACGCCCUUCGCCCAGCAGGCGCCUGAGAUGGCCGAGAAGCUCUGUGAUGCCUACGCACAACUCGGCAUGCGCGGAACCUCUGUUCUGUUCGCCUCCGGUGAUGGCGGUGUUUCCGGCUCUCAAUCAAACACAGCUUGCGAUGGUGCCGCGUUCAUCCCGACCUUCCCCGCCAGUUGCCCCUACAUCACCGCCGUAGGGAGCACGCAAGGCGUCAGCCCCGAGACCGCCGCCGACUUCUCCGCCGGCGGGUUCUCGAACAUCUUCGCGCGCCCCAGCUACCAGAGCGACGCCGUCAACAGCUACCUCCAGGGCCUCGGCACCACGAACGCGGGUCUCUUCAACACCACCGGCCGCGGGUACCCCGACGUCUCUACCCAGGGUGUCCAGUUCGUCAUUGAGGCCGCGGGUCAGUUCCAGGGUGUCGACGGCACGAGCGCGUCCAGCCCCACCUUCGCCUCCGUUGUUGCGCUCCUCAACGACCAGCGGCUCAACGCCGGCAAGAGUCCGCUCGGCUUCCUGAACCCGCUCCUGUACUCGAACGGGGUCGCAGCACUGAACGACAUCACCUCCGGGAGCAACCCCGGCUGCGGAACCCAGGGCUUCCCGGCGGCGGCAGGGUGGGACGCGGUCACCGGCCUCGGCACCCCCGACUUCAACAAGCUGGCCGCAGUCGUGGUCGGGAGCGCCAGUCAAGCGCAGGCUGUCAAGACGGGCAAGAACGUCACUGCUCCUACGUCUCUGAAGGCCGGAAAGCCAACGGCCUCGUCGCACAAGCGGUUCCUGGACCUCGCGCCGGGCGCGACGGGCUUCGGAGACGUCUUCCGCUUUGCAUCUGCCGACUCUAGCAGCGUGUCGGUUGUUGCGCUGCCGACUGUGGCCCCGUAG